AUGGAGGAUUACACUGAUAUUUGCAGUCCCUAGAUGCUCUAUUCUUUUGAUAUGAGUCCACCAAAAACAUACAAAAAAUAAAAUUAAUCUAAAACUAGUUAUAAUCUUGGAAGCCCUUACGAUCAAACAGAUUUGAUCCCAGAUGUAUUGAUAUCUAAUACCUAACAGCUAGAAGGAUCUUCUUUUACGAUGCAAUCUCUACUAGAUAGAGAUUUUAGAAAUGUAAGAAUCAAGAGUAAUCAUACUAGCCUUGCUAAACGAGAAAGAUCCCCUGCCAUUCUUUAAACUAAAUAAAAUCAAGGAUAUAAGUCUAUUAGAGAUAGUUAGAAAUUAAACAGACAAGACUUUGCUUUGUUUUAGAGAUUAAGUUCUCAUGUUAAUGCUAGCUCAUCCCAAAUUAUAAACAGCGGGUACGGAGUUGAUGGAAAUCCUAUCAUUAAUGAUGUAUUGAAAACAACAUGUCUUUCUGUUAUAAAAAAUCUAAAUAAGAUUACUGAGAAGACAAAGGCAAGUCUACAUAGAAAUAGCAAAAGUUAGUGGCUUGAUCAAAAGAACACAAAACAUCUAUUAGGAAUCAAAGAUCUUCGGAAAGAUAAAAGUCUAAAAGACAAUUUCAAGAUUCAUCCUAUUUUCAGUUUGAGAAGUAGUAAAAAAGAUAAUAAUUCCAUAUAUAGAAUCGGUAAAUAAAGCCAGCCUGUUAUUCAAUAGUUUAAAAAUAACCAAAAUGAUCCACUUUAGCCAACUAGAAUUUAUACAGGCAAAGGAUAGCAUGAAAACUUCAUAAUUAAGCUAAAAAGUCGGAAAGAUGCUUUAUCAUCUGAAAGAAACAAGCUAGAUUCAUUGAUAAAUUAAGUAAAGACUUAGAACAUAAACAACUAUAUGAGCCAAGGAAACAAAAGAGACUAAUCAAAUUCUUCAAUUAAUAUGGGAUACAAGGAAAAUGAUGUGAUUCAUCAUGAGAAAGAUAUGAUAAUUGGAUCAUUCUCCCCUGAUAAUAUUCAAAGCAAGGAAAUGCAAGAGUAAUUUCGGUUGAGACUAAAGAAAAGACUUGAAUUUAAUAAGAGCAAUGAAUUUACCAGAGUACUUGGAAAUGAUUACUUAACAAAAAAGUUAGAGAUUAAAGCUAACAAAAUUGACCCCUAUCAUUUGAUGCUAAAUGAAUCUAUUAACUAUCAUGAUAACUUUAAAAGUUAGGCCAAUAAUCUUAAGCAAAGUCUGAAUAAUUCUAAUGUAGAUAUGCUUUUUAAAGAAUCAGUACUAGCUCACAGUCCUUUAAAGCGUUACAAAAAAAGUAUCGCCAUAGAAAUGCCUAAAGUUGUGAAUAUAACGAAUAACAAUGUACACAAUAUAUCAUCAUAAAAUAAUAUCAGUAUCGUUUGA